CCUCCCCACACACAAAAUAGUAAUAAAAAUCAGCAACCCACCUUCUCAAAAAGCCUCCAAAGAUCCCUUUCCAUGGCUGGCCUUCAAAGAUCUGCAGUCUCUUUCAGAAGACAAGGCUCGUCUGGUAUUGUCUGGGACGACAGGUUCUUAUCGGAAGAGUUGAACAAAGCCAACCAGAAGGAUGAACACGAGCAACAAGAAGACGACCGUGAAAAGUCUGAGGUUAAAGAACUUAACGCAGGAACCAGCCUCCCACCAAUCAACACCAUUGACCGGAGUCGUUCCAACGGCGGUGGAAGGGGGUACCGGACCGGAAAAGUGUCUCCGGCGGUUGAGCCGCCGUCUCCGAAGCUCUCUGCUUGUGGAUGUUGCGGCGCUUUUGGGAAAACAGGGGGCAAAGGAAACAGGACAAGGCCUGGUAAGCGCAGAUCGAGGUAGUUCGUGUUCCGUGAUUUUCCGGUGACCGGAGACACAAUAUUCCGGCGGAUAUGAGGGGUACGUCUCCUCAAUUCGUUGCGAUUCAGCGUGUGUACCAGCUUUAGGUCCUGUAAAAGGGUUGUGUUCCUGUGAAAACAAGAAAACAGAGUACCCUGUUCUGGUCUGAGUUGUUAGAUGUAAGUUUUGGAGAAAAUGUGUAAAUUUUUUAGAUGCAUGUUUUAAUUAAUUAAUCAUGAUGGUAUUUAAAUCUUAGUGAUUAAAA